CCACGUGACCCGUGCUCCGCUCUUCACGUGACUUGCAGCCUUGCGGGAGACGAGGAGGAGAUUGAGGAGAAGACGACGACGACGAGGAGGAGGACUCUAACCGAGCUCAGUGGCGCGGCGGCGUCCACAAUCCAUCCCACCGCUCCACGAAGGUGGUCAACUCCGUUACCGACUCGCCACCACGACCCACACCCUGCUCGGUCUGCCUCUGCCUGCGGGCAUCGGUGAGGGUGCGCCGGUACAGCGACCAGGCAAGCUUUGGGGGUCCGCGUGCGACCAGGCCGAGGUUUGGCCUCCACCGUCGCCGACGCCGCGAUGUCGAGUUCGGAGAGCGACAGCGACUCGAGCGGGUGGACUCUGCUGAGCCGCGAGGGCCUGGACGAGGAGUGCGUGGGCGCUAAGCAGAGAUGUCGACUCGGACACUCGGACUCCGAGGAGGAUGGAGCUGAGACGGUGCCGGCCCGCGUCGCGCGGAGCCAAGGCAACGGUGGGCAAAGCGGCACGGACGACACGGGGUUCCUGGAAGGGAAACUCCGGGAGGCGUUGGAGGCCGGGGGCGAGGGCUGCGAGAGGGUGGGGGAAACCGGACUCCCUGACGAGGCCACGUGCAUGGUGGAGCGGCCACCCGGGCCUGAAGAGGUGAAGGAAGAUGUGAAUGCGGACGUGGGAGAUGAGGAUAAGGAGGAGGUGAGAGAUGAGGAAGAUGAGAUGAACAAGACGAACGAGAAGCUGGGCAAGGCAAGUGAGCCAAUGGGUGAGGAGGUUGAGAGAGUGGACGAAAAUGUGGGCAACGUGACCGAAAAGGUGAAGUUGGGCGAGGAGCUGAGUGUGGAAGUGAGCGAGAAGAUGAUGGAGGAAGAGGAGGUGAGCGAGGUGGUGAGUGAGGUAUUGAGCGGGAGCAUGAGCAAGAAGAUGAACAAGGAGGUGAAAGAGGAGGGGAGCGAGAACAUGGGCAAGGAGGUGAAAGAGGAGGGGAGCGAGAACAUGGGCAAGGAGGUGAGGGGGGAGAUCAGCAAGGCAGUUAGCGAGAAGGUGAGAGGGGAGGUGAGUGAGGAGUUGAGUGGGGACGUGCAGGCGAAGGUGAUUGAGGUGAGCGAAAAGAUGGAGGAAGUGAAAAUGGAGCGAAGCGAGGUGGUAAUGGAAGAGGUGAGAGGGGAGGUGUGCAAGGACAUGAUGGAGGAGAUGGGUGAGGAGAUGAUGGAGGUGAGCGAGGAGGUGAGUGGGAGCGAUGACUCCGACCUCUUCACGCUGGAUCCCUCUGCGCUCGACGAGAUUCCGGAUCCUUUUGCUCCCUCUGAGGCGUCCGUUGAGAUGCCCGACUCUGCGGCAGGCCUGGAGGACCCCCCUCAUCUCCCCUCCUCCCACUCUGAGGCAUCCGUGGAGCCUGUCACACGGGCGGAUGGCGAGGACACCCUCGCGGGGUCUUUGAGCAUCGGCGGCCGCUUCCCGUUCCCCCUGGGGCGCGAGCGAGCCCCGUCGGGCGCCGGCUCCAGCACCGAUGAGGAAGACCAGGAGAAGCUCAUUCGAUGUGAUGAUGACGAAAUCGGGAGUGGCCCGAUGGCGCCCAGGCUGCGCCGACGCCUCGCCCGCCGGCAACUCCCCACCGCGCUGGCCGACAGCACCGUGCCUGCAACGGGGGGCACCAUGCCUGGCACGGGUGUGCCAGUGACGGUGCUGGUGCCCGCACUCGCGCUGGCGCUCAUCGUGGCGCUGGGCCUUGUGAUAGCGAGCAACCACGUGGCGAGCGAGAGGCAGGGGGCGUUGGUGCAGCAGAACGAGCGUCUCAGGGCAACCGAGCGCCAGCUGCAGGCCGAGGCGACCGCCAUGGCCGGGCGUUGGGAGGCAGAGCGUGGGUCCCUGUCCCAGGAGAACGCCGCGUUGCGAGCGGCGCUGAUCCAGCUACGCCAGGAGGUCGGGCGAUCCACUGCGGCGGUGAAGCAGGAGGCCCCCGGGACCACCACGGUGAAGCAGGAGGCCCCCGGGGCCGUCACCGCACAGGGACAGGAAGUCGCACGGGCGGCGGCGCGGGAGCUGGCGGCCGAGGGCCGCCGGCUGCAGGCCGAGGUUCGCCGGCUCCACCGGGAGCUGCGGGAGGAGCGUGCGGCCUCCGCGACCACCCGCGGAGAGCGCGACGCGGCGGCCGUGGCGCUGGAGGCCGAGCGGCAGCGCUCGCACCUUUGGGAGCGGCUCUACGUGGAGGCGCGCGACGCGGCCGCCGAGCACGGGAAAAGGAAGAAGGAGGUACAGGAGGUGCGAGGGCCAGACCCCCGCCACCGGCCCUACGAGGACGCCAAGAACUCGACGAGGAAGCGCGGAGAGCGUGGGGCCGGGCAGGCGGAGUCCGACGCAAGCCGGGGCCGCGGCUGGGGAGGCCACGCGACCUCGGGGGCCGGGAGCGAGGCGAGCGCCGAGGCGCGGCAAGGGGACGGCCGGCGGGGGCAGGGGCAAGGUCAGGGGCAGGGCAGCAGGCGGAGAGGGGAAGAGCGGCUGAAGAUGAAGGGGAGGGACUGGCGGGGCCCCGAGGAGUACGGGGCCCAGAGGGCGCUUCCCACACGGGGGCAGGGCCACAACACGAAGCACAACGAGCAGCACAACCGGUGUCACGAGCAGCACAAGCAGCAGAGCUACAGGGCGUGGCACGGGAAGUCACGGCGCCACUGCGACCUGCACGUGGCCGAAGUGGAGAUAGAGCUCGGGCCCCUGCCCUUUGGCCCUAAGUACUGACCCUGCAUCUCGGACAAUUGCCCCAGACCUCCCCAUGCCUCUCCCUGCCUCCUCUUGUUUGAUGUGCUUCUCAUAGUUUCCUUCAACCAUAUCCUGUUUCCCUGCCUUUCCUUGUCUUCCCUGGCCUUUCAAUGUCUUCCUCUGUAUUCUAUAGUCUCUGUUUCUCCCUGUAUGCCCUCUAAUCUCCCCCUCUCCUGAUCUCCAUAAUUUGUUUGUUGUUAUUGAGAAGUCCGCUUGCUUCACAAUGCACAGUUGGGAUCUAUUGCGACACACAAUAUAGUUUAACCCCCGUCUUAAUUGAUAAUCUCAUGGCCACAAUAGGGCUAAGGGGCACGAUUUAGGUUACAGGUCAGAGUGUUAGUUGGAGUUUAUAGAUUUGUAUAGAGUUAAGGACUGGGUCUGUUAUAGGAUUAGGGCAUAUUGUAUAGCUUAGGUCAGUGGAUAGGGACUGUGUUGGGUUCAGAAGAUAUGGUUAUGAGCUAAGGGUUUUGUUUGGGCGAAGGCUUAAUGGAGGUUAGGGGUUUGGCCUGUGUUGGGGUUAGCCGUUCGAGUGCAAGUUAGAGUCAGUGCUAGUUCUUAUCUCGUGCUGAACAUGAGCACGUGUGGCAUGGUGGCCCAAAUUAAUUGGUGUGAGCCGAGGGUGUGUGAGAGUGAGUGUAACUGGGUGUGUAUGAGUUUGUGAGUGAAUUUUUAAAAUUUGUGAAUGGAGCUGUGAUUAGUCAAAUUGGAAGAAUGCCCUUGUGGGGUCCCCCUUUUUAAGAAGAGGGACCACACUAAUUGUAGCAACUACCAGGGCAUCUCCCUCCUCAGUGUGCCGGGAAAGUUCCUGGCAAGGAUUAUUCAGCAUCGCCUUGCCAGGCACACUAAGGAAAGGCUUGCAGAGCCCCAAUAUGGUUUCAGAAAGGGGUGGUCCUGCACUGAUCCCACAUUCUCUGUCCGUCUGCUACAGGAGAGGUGUAGGGAAAUUCAACAGGACCUACAUCACUGCUUUAUUGACCUGGUCAAGCCCAAUGAUACCAUCAAUAGGCCAGGGCUUUGGGUUAUGUUAUUCUUCAUGCUAUAAGGAUCCUUGGCUCUCUAAUCACAAUCAUUAAGGAUUACCAUGGUGGUGGACAGGCCUGGGUAAAGCUGCCUGGCCAGGAGUCGGAGCCAAUCCCUGUUCGUAUAACCAGGUCAGAAUCAUAAUAUUUAGAUUGGAGGAAUCCAAUGAGAUAUAAGCUAUUUUUCACAGAUGUCCAGUAUGUCACCUUUGGAUGCAACAAAUAUGUCCUCAGGCUCCUACAUUAUCUGACAUGUUUUUAACCGUGGAAUUUGUGAAGAUUUACAUGGCUGUUUCAGUGGAAUUUUAUUUCUGAUACAGAUACAAUUGGAGGAAGAUCGAUGCGAUGGUCAAGGGACGGCUUCUCAUUGGUCACCCAUAUUAUGCAUGCUGAUGAUCUGGUAAUUGCUGCUCACUCUGAGGAGUUGGAGACUGCUGCUGAACCUGGAGCUUUCCACUAAGAGGUGUGGGGUCUUACCAUCAGCCCCACAAAAUGAUGGGGGUAGUUCUCAUAAGAACGGAGGAGUUCCUAUACCUGGGUAGUGUGCUUAUGACUAGCCAGAGUUAGGUAUCAGAGGUUUCCAAAUCAGUCGAGUGGCAUCUUUUCAUCAGCUGCCUAAGGCCACGUGGAAGCUGCUUAGCCAGUCACUUAAUAUUAAGCUCUGGGUCUUCUCAACCACAUUUAAAGGAACAUUUGUGCCAGUUCGAAAUAUUCAGGCUGGCCUGCCUGUGAUCCAUCCUAGGUUGAACCAGACUGGAUUGUUUGAGCUCGCAUCCUUGAAAGAUCUGGACAUAGUCCCAUCACUGAGCUCCUCUGGCAGGUAAGGCUGUGUUGGCUGGGUCAUGUAGCCUCCAUGCCCUGCCACUACACAGCCUAGAGAAGAGAUUGGAUCAUGUGGUACAAGAGGAUGUGGAGCUGAGUGGACUUGCUGAUGACUGGUACCAGCGGUGUCAAGAUCGGCCUCUGGAGGAGGCAGAUGAAGGCCGCUACUGGGCAGUUGGAGGCAGCCGCCCUCCAACAAUAAUGGAGGGUAGAGGAGCAACGCUCACAACCGUGAGUGCGGCAUCAGGCGGCUAAAACGCAGAAAUUUGAUAGAGUGGGGAGCACAGCUAAUGCAACUGUUUAGUCAUCUCAAUUAACCCAUAACAUCUGGGCCUGUCCCGUUACCUGCUAGCAGGGAGUCUUCAACAUCACGUAGUCUCACAGUGCACCUCACCUGGCACAAGCGAUGGGUGGUGAUGUCACUGCCACUUAAUGGCGAAGUGAGACUGUUGUUGCUUGGUUAGUGUGCGAUCAGAUACAGACUAACCCCACCCCCCCAUUAGAGCCCACUCGGUAAAUACUUAGGCCCCAUCACGGCUCUGCUCUGGCUCGGCCUCUUAUACUCGGGCUCAGGUUUGAGCCGCUUGACUCAGGCUCAGCUCACGGAAAUCUUGACUGUAGCUGGGACCAUGGCUCACAGAGCCGACUCCCGUUAAUUGCAUGGCUUUAAGCUGGCUCACUUGAGCCAGAGCCGAGCCAGAGCCAAACCGUGACUGAAUACGGACCACAGCGAGGGCAUUUUAUUUUAGGUUUUAAGACACUUUAUACCCUUGUAAGAGGACAUGUAGCGUUUCGCCCUUCCCGACUCAUUUAUUAUGGCUGUGCUGCUAUCUCUAUGCUGUGUAAGAAUUAUAGCGUGCUAUAUAAACAAAGUGUAUAAUAUAUCCUG